UGUACUAGCCAUGUAGCGCAAGGAAGACUAGCUUUUGUGAUAAUUUAUGUUGAAUUACUCCAACAAAAAGUUUGUUUAUUGCAGUCGUUGUACAUAGCUUUGUCCACGGCUUAAUAUAGCAGCAAACGUAAACAAACCGACACUGUACCGGCAAGAAAAGAUGGCUAAAAUACACGAAGCACUGAAACCCAUCCAAUGGCUCAUCGGCACCUGGGAAUCUGUGACCGCUAAGGGACACUAUCCGACCAUUAAAGAUUUUGCCUACAACGAAAUCAUCAAGUUCGAAUCGGUGGGUCAACCGUUGCUGAACUACGAAGCGAACUCACGCCAUCCCGUGUCCGGUGCACCGAUGCACCUUGAGCGAGGCUUUCUGCGCAUCAAGCCGGGCACCAGCCAGGUUGCGUUUAUGGUAGCGCACAACUUCGGGCUGGCCGUGCUGGAGGAAGGCGAAGCGACGGAGAACGAGCUACAGCUGACCUCCAAAGCGAUCGACCGCAUGUCGUUCGGGAAGGAUCCGGCCGUUAAGGCGAUCGAGAAAAGAUAUCGCUUGAAUGCGGACGGAACGCUCGAGAUUCAAACGGACAUGCAGACGGACGUUACGCCGAUGACAAACCAUCUGCAAGUGGUGUACAAGAGAUGCGAAUGAAGAAGCGUUGUACGUUGGUGGAAGCUGUUGAAAUUCUAGCUAUAGCGAGGUUGUGGGUGAAAAAUGGUUUACUUUGUAGGGUUAUUGAAACGGAAAAUGGUGCUGUUGAUGGUGCAUACAUGGUUAACUAGUAAAAGAGCAA